AUGACAGAGACAAAGUUAGAUGUGCAUAUUUGCAAAAAGGUCCUUUGUCAACCAAGGACUCAUGAUUUUCCACAAACUGCUUAUGGUUCUUCUUUUCGAAGAUUUAAUCCUAACCGGUUUGAUGACUAUGGCAACUGGUUAGAGUAUAGUAUAUCAAAAGAUGCUGUUUUUUGUCUUUGUUGUUAUCUUAUGAAACCCGAGACUGAAGGUGGUGAUGCUUUUGUAACUAAUGGCUUUUCAAAUUGGAAAAAAAAGGAGAGACUACAAAUUCAAGUUGGGCUUCAUGAUAGCGCUCAUAAUCAGGCUUGGAGAAAAUGUGAAGCACUUAUGAGACCAAAACAACACAUCACUGCUGCUAUUGAAAAACGAUCUGAGCAAGCUAAAAAGAAUUAUCAAAUUCACUUGACAGCAACAAUUGAUUGUAUUAGAUUUCUUUUGCGACAAGGAUUGGCCUUUCGUGGUAAUGAUGAGACGGAUGAUUCUGUUAACCAAGGAAAUUUUUUGGAACUUCUAAACUUUAUUGCGCAACAUAAUGAAGAGAUUGAUCGUGCUUUCAAAAAUGCUCGUGGAAAUCUUAAACUAAUAGCACCCUCAAUCCAAAAAGACAUUGUAAGAGCUGCUGCAAGGGAAACGACAAAAGUCAUUGUUGAUGAUCUUGGUGAUGAAUUAUUUGCUGUAUUGGUUGAUGAAGCCCGCGACAUUUCCAUUAAGGAGCAAAUGUCAGUUUGCUUAAGAGUACGUGGACAAGGAUAUGAUGGUGCAAGUAACAUGCAAGGAGAAUUUAAUGGUUUAAAAACUUUGAUAUUGAAAGAAAAUUCUUAUGCUUUCUAUGUACAUUGCUUUGCCCACCAACUUCAGUUAGCUCUUGUAACGGUUGCAAAAAAACAAGUUGAAAUUGCUUUGAUUUUUAAUUUAUUAACCAAUUUGUGCAAUGUUGUUGGAGCUUCGUGUAAACGAAGAGAUAUGCUUCGUGAUAGUCAGAUGACUAAGACAAUUGAAGCAUUAAAAAGUGGAGAAAUUUCUAGUGGGCGUGGUUUGAAUCAAGAAACAGCUUUAAAAAGAGCUGGAGACACUAGAUGGGGUUCACACUAUGGAACUAUACUUAGAUUAAUUUCUUUAUUUCCUUCUGUGGUUAAUGUUCUUGAAUAUGUUGAGGAAGAUGGAAAUAAUUCAGAACAAAGAGCUGAAGCAUGUCAUUUAUUGAAUGUCAUUCAAUCAUUUGAAUUCAUUUUCAACUUGCACUUGAUGAAAAAUAUCUUGGGAGUUACUAAUGAGUUAUCUCAGGCGUUACAAAAGAAUGAUCAAGAUAUUAUAAAUGCUAUGGCAUUAGUCAAAGUGUCUAAGCAACGAUUGCAAAAUAUAAGAGAUGAUGGUUGGUCUCUUUUACUUGAUGAAGUCUCACUGUUUUGUGACAAAUGA